AGAAACGAGGAGGCAGGAGACAUAAAAGCCCGAAGGAGAGUACCAACCUGGGGUUCGGAUCGGGCUGCGAUUUUCGAUCGGCGGCGAGCGUCAGCGGAUCUGUGCAACCGGAGAGGGAGGAGACGAGCAAUCGGGACAUAGGAGAGAGCGAUGGGGAUUUCCCGGAGCAAGCCGGCGCGGGAGUGGCCGCCGGCGCCGCCGCCGGAGCCUAGGGUGGAGGUGCCGCCCCUCAUCGAGCCCCCUCCCAACGCCGCCCGCACCAGGAUGCAGGUGCCUGGGUAUGAGCAGUGGUUCGGGAAGCCCUCGUUACACAGCCUGUUCGACGACUACUUCAAUCAAGUUGGGAGCGUGAACGCAGGGGUCAUGCUCAAGAUGCUGCAGGAUCCUCAUGUCGAUUUGACUGCAACUGCAUCACCAGCAGGCGGGGAGGCUCAGCUUCGAUGGCAAAGGUGGUGAUUGCAUAGUUUUACCAAAAGUCGUAUUAUUUAUAUAGGGAGUGUCUAAUUUUCAGUCAUCUGUUUUCCCAUUUGGUUUAGGUCGUUUUUCUUGUCCACACAGUUCUUUACACGUGUCUUUGUAGUAGUUUCAGUCCAGACUGUAGAGCCAAAAAAACGACUGUUUUCAUUUCAGUUUCAGGUCGUAUUCUCCCUCC